AUGAGUGGUUUGAAGACAAAGUCUCACCCUGCGUCCACUUUGGGCGUCAGAGAUGAGAAGCAGCACGACAAAGGGGACAGCAGCCGCAGCAGCAGCAACGCCAGCAGCAGCAGCAGCAACAACAACAGCAGUAGCGGCGGCAGCAGCAGCAGCGUAGUCUCUACUUCUCUUUUUCCCCGGGCUAUAACUGCGGCUGACGUAGUGUCUCUUUGGUCUUUAUGCGAAACAGCAGAAAAGGAUAAAGCAGCAGCAGCAGCAGCUGCUGCUGCUGUUGCUGCUGCUGCAGCUCGCGGCGACCAGCACCCCUUCGCUGUUGAGGACCCUCUGCAGCAUCAGUAUGCUGCUGCUGCUGCUGCAGCAGCAGCAGCUACUGGCAGCAACUUCACGAGGGGCCCCGGGGCCCCCAGCAGCAGCAAAGCCUCAAUAGCAGAAAGAAGAAAAAAGAAAAGUGAAAGAGAAGAGAGAAAAGCAGCAGCAGCAGCAAAGAAAAUGAACUCUUCAGUAGGGAGGACUGCAGCAAGCAGCAGCCUCACGCCCCACGCUGCAGCAGCUGCUGCUGCUGCAGCCGCGGCAGCAGCAGCAGACAGCAGCAGCAGCAGCAGCAACGAAGACACCAAAACAGGGGGGCCCCAGGGGGGCCCCCUGCACCCUCCUGAGCCUCCGAGCCCCGAUGACAUCCUUUUAGCCUUGUUAGGGCUGCCAGCAACAGCAGCAGCAGCAGAUGCAGCAGCAGCAGCAGCAGUAGAUUCACUAGCAGCAGCAGCAGUUAGUGCACUUGUCUUUAGCUCCCUUUGCUUCUGCAAGGAGCAGCUAAUUCAUCCUGCUGCAGCAGCAGCAAUUGUUAACUUCCUGGGCGCGCAGCUUUACUGCAUCAAGAAGCAAACAAACAGCAGCAGCAGCAGCAGCAGCAGCAGUAGCAGCAGCAGCAGCAGCAGCAGCAGCAGCAGCAGCAGCAUCGCCAUCAGCUCUCCGGGCGGCUCUGCGCCCGUUUGCAAUUACGAGCUGCUGCUGGGGCUGAAGCAGCAGCUGCAGUGGGAAACGGACAAGUUUCUGCUGCAGCUGCAAUCAGGCAUUCUCGGCAGCAGCAGCAGCAGCAGCAACAGCAACAACAGCAACAACAGCAGCAAAGCAGAAGCAGCAACGGCAGCAGCAGCAGCAGCAGCAGAUUUAAACAGCAGCAAAGCAUUAAAGCUGCUAAGUCCCAAAGAAAUAGAAUUAAUUAAAAAGCAGCUGCAUCUGCUGCUAAUUGAUUCAGCAGCUUUUUAUGCUGCUGUCCUCAAUAGGGGCCCCCCAGGGGGCCCCCACAGCGCUGCUGCUGCUGCUGCUGCUGCUGCUGCUGGUGAUGCUGCUGCGGCAGCACCAGCAGCAGCUGCUAUUGCUGCUGCUGCUGCUGCUGCUGCUGCUGGCAGCAGCGGGUAA